AUGCAAUUAUCGAACAGAAAUCGAUAUGCUGAGGAACUGAAAAGACGAGCAAUUGCUCGACAGCGGUUUCGAAAAAUUGUGCACUGCGUAAUUUUGAAUCGUUCUUGGUUAACUGAUGUCGGAGAGGAAAAGCUAUCGCUCAACGUUAAGAAAAAUAUAGCAUUGUUGAUACGUCCGAAGCAAAAAAUUGGUCUUCUGAAUUUAGAGGAGAAAUCAUUAAUACGAACAGAUGGAAAAUUGCGCACCACUGCAGAAAGGAAACGCUUGGUGUCAUUGAUGACUGGUUUAAAAUGCUUUUCAAAAUUGCCUCCGAAAACUCGAGCUCGGCUAGCAAAAUAUAUCAAAUUUAUGGUUAUUAACCCUAGCCGUGUGCUGAUCAAACAGGGAGAUAUGCCCCAAAUGGUAUAUUUUAUACUAACUGGCGAAGUGGAAGUAAGCAAAAAGACCUUUAAUCCGAUAACAAACACCUGGAGCAACCUCAUAGUUCGGAUAAGUGGGCCCGGUGAAUGUAUUGGAGAUAUAGAAAUGCUUGAAAAUUGCCCUCGCUUGAAUACAUAUACAACAGGAAAUGUUGUUGAACUAUUGGUAGUAUUUCACGAGGAUUUCGAGCGCAUACUGCGUCCCGUUAUGGAAAAGGAAUGGUUGGAAAAGAGGCACUCCAUAGAAGCAUUGGACUAUUUCCAGUUUUUCACAAAGGACCAGGUAAUCGAUGCAUGUAAAUUGGGUAUCUUGCGACAAUUCGAGCCACUGCAAACGAUAUACUAUGAGGACGAGGGACAUCUAGGUUAUGUUUACUUUGUCCUCAGCGGCGAAUGCAUGAUACUGCAGUGCCUGGAAGUUUUGACUGCACAAAGGAUCGGACAUACAUUUUACAAAUUAUCAUCAGAGGAUGAAAUGAAAUCGGGCUAUGUCAAGAAAAAGCACUUUAUUGAUGUUGGAUCCAUAACAUUCGGAGGAAUAUUCGGACUUGGCGAAAAAAGUGAACGUCGCGUUAUAAUGGCACGGACAACUGUACAAUGUCUAAUGAUACCCAGAUUUUGGCUUUUUGAAAAAAUGCAAAAUCCCGGCAAUGUAUGGCAACGCAGGCGUUUUUAUCUGGAUUCAACUAUUCCAUCCCGGCAAUCGCUAUUCACCGAUUUUGUAUGUACGCGUCAAUGGAAGAAAUUCAAAAGCAAUACAAUUCAGAGCAAUUUAGUUCAUGCCUCCGUUUCAAAUCCAACCCGCAUACAAGAUGUUCCCAUAAUUUGCCAAAUAAUUGAAGACAACAUUUAGUCUGUACUUGUUGAUACAAUUUCAAUCGAAAUUCAAAAUUAAGUCGUUUUAAACAGAUAGAUUUCAGUUACAUCUUUAGAAAAUUUUAAUAAAAGCCGAAUUCGAAUUGAGUCUAUUAUUUGUGCCAGAGGAAGAAAUUUCAUCGACAUUAAAUAGAGUUUAUGAACAGUGCAGGGUGAGAUGAAAAAACUGCAACCAACUUCAGACUGCUGUCAUUUCUAAGCCACUCUUUCGACAGCUGUUAAAAUUAUUCCAGUGACAGCUCAUUAUAUUGUUUACAAGCGUACAGGAGCAUUUUUGGUGAGAAUUUUCCAGUAAAAAAGUUAUUCGUAAUGGAAUUCAAGCGGUUUCGUUAUAUUUGGCAGGAAAGCCACAAGUGGCUCCCGUUAGAGCACUCCAGCAUUUAAAUGUGAAUAAAUCGUUUGUGUCUCGUACCAUCGCUCGUAACCUGAUACUGGUAGCGUAGUCCGACGUCAAGGAAUUGGACUGAACAAAACAGCAACAUCAGCAGAAAUGGUUCGAAGGGUAAAGAAGCGAUUUGAUCGAAACCCGCGUCGCAGUGGUCUAAAAAUGGCUCCUGAGCUGAACAUAUCGCAAUAUUCCAUUCGGCAAGUGUUUAAAAAUAAGGUCGGAGUUAAAGCCAUUGAUAUUCCAAAAAAUCCAAGAACUUACCCCGUAACAGAAAGAAAAUAGACUCAAAAGAGCUAAAGAGUUGCUUCGCUUGGCUGAAAGUGGUGAACUGUCGAAUUUGGUUUUCUCCGAUGAGAAAACAUUCGUUGUCCAGCAGUUUUUAAACAAACAAAAUUAUCGUGUUUACUUGACAAAGAAGUCAGCUGAAAAUAUACACCUUCGGUUGGCCACCAUAACUCAAGCGCCGGCCAUGGUGAUGGUGUGGGCCGCCAUAACAGCCGAUGAUCGCUCUACGCUCGUAUUGAUCGAUCGUGGCAUCAGAAUAAAUGCCGAAUAGUAUCGCGAAAAUAUUCUGGAGGGUGUAUUAACGCCUUGGGCACGCAGACAUUUUGGCCACAGACCUUGGACAUUCCAACUGGACUCAGCACGCGCCACCCAAGAAUGGUUACAAAAUGAGGUUCCUCUCUUCAUUUCCAGCGCACAACAUCCACCAAAAUCUCCGGAUACCAAUCCGUUGGACUUUUGUGUCUGGAGCAAGCAAGCAUUUCGCCGGGAAGGGGACAAAAUACCGCAGAGCAACAUUCGGGCACCGUGUGACGUUUAAAUGCCAUAAUU